UGUAUGAAGGUUCCCCAACCUCCACAAAUAUUUUCCGGUUUUGGGAUAUACUUUCAACAUGCACAGUAGGUGGCGGCAUGCACAUUCGAACGCCAUUAUUCCAGAGAAGAAGAAGGAAACUACUGGUGUGUGGACUUUAAUACCAGACGUGUCGUAUCUUAAACAAGCGAAGUGCCGCUAGUUAACACAGCCAAGCGCGGUUUUUUUAAUGAUUUUUUUUUUAAAUCAGGCCCCGGGAGUUUUUAUUUUUUUCCCCGUUAACUAACGUUAGUACUGUACCAAAGAGCAUCUAUAUACGGACUAGAUGUUGAUAGCCUUCUGGUAACGUUAGCUAGAAGCUACCACUGAAGAAUAGCUUGGUACUGUAGUUAGCUAUCCACUACCUUUUCGCGCCCGGGAGUUUUCCGGUGGUAGCGGGAACGUACACAGCCACUCUCAACCGAUAGGGAUGGCAUCAACCAGGUGUGAAGAACUACUAAGUGACAAAGAACCUUUGCCUAUAUCAGCCCCCACCUCUCCUCCCCCCAUUUCCCUCCUCACUGCUUCCCUUUCUAAACUAGCCCCCCCCUCCCCCUCUCUGAUCCGCUCCUGGCCUUCCUCGCACCGUUCCCCGUGGGAUGAAUCUUGUGAGGUCAAAGCUCGCCUCUACUCCUCGCUGCAACUCACCCGAGACCUCCAUGCCAAAGGUCAACCAUCACCAGGCCACACUCACAGACAGGUGUCAUUUCAGUUUUCUUCUCCUCGGCUGGGGGGGGAGGGAGGGGGUAAGGCUAGACCCCCCCUGAAUCUCCACACCCCCUCCCCCGGGGGGAGACAGGAGGAGGAGGGAGAGGAAGAUAGGGUGUUGGUAGAGGAGAUGGGUGUUAAUCUCCAGACCAGUGUGGACUACAGCAACAGACUCACUAAUGGCAGGAGACAUAUCCAGGACAUGGAGAAUGUCAGAGCUCACCUUCAAACCAUGCUGAGAAGCACACCCAAAUUGGAGACAGAGGGAGGCAGCAGUGUUACAGAGAGUCCCAACCAGUCAUUUAACAGUGACAGCACCUCACAGCUACUCGGUGGUGGGGUAGGAGGUUUAGAGGAGUUGUUCCCGCGGUAUUCUUUUCAUCUGCGUUCUGACGGUGUCUUCUCCUCCUCGGAAGCCACUGUCCUUAGGGAGAACCUAGACAGGGAGAGGACCAGCCGCAAGCAGUGUGAAGGGGCAGGUGCUGGUGUUGCAGAGUAAGGCUCUGGAGCUGCAGCAACGAUUGGCUCUCGCUAUAUCAGCUGACCGGAAGAAGGACAUCAUGAUCGAGCAGCUUGAUAAGACCCUGGCUAAGGUGGUUGAAGGCUGGAGGAAACAUGAGCAGGAGAAGAGUGAGGGAGUGAAGAGACUACAGCAAGAGAAGGAGCUGGCGGAGAGACGACAUACAAAGCAGCAAGAGACCCUUGGUCAAUUAGAGCAGUCUCUGGCUCAGGUUGCCGAGGCCUUGGAGCAAGAGCAGAAACACACUGAGGAACUACAGAGAACCAACAGACAGCUGGAGCUGCGGCUGGUGGAGUUGGAAGGGUCUCUGUGGGAUUGUAGGCGUGAGUAUGAGCUCUUGUGUGUGGAGCGAGACAGGCUGCAUCUACAGGCCCAGGAAGCCCAGGCUGCUCUGACCUGCCUCCAGGAGCAAACAGCCAAUGAGAGAAGAUCGCUGGAGGACCAGACAGUCCAGCUAGCCAAUCAACUGCAAGAGGAGAGGGAGUGCAAGCAGCGAGAGGAGCAGCAUUUGUUGGAGGUAAGACAGGUGUUGGAGGAGGUGAGAGGAGAGUUGGCCAAAGUGAGGGGGAGACUGCUACAGCUGGAGGAGGAGAAACUGGAGGCUCGGAGAGAGGGGGACACAGAGCGCAUGGACUGGGCUUUGGAACAGGCCCGAUUUGAAGCCCAGCGUUCUCAGUUGGAAGUUAAACUGAAACAGGAGACUGAGACACUGUCAGCUUUACAGCAGGAACACAUUGCCCUGAAAGAACAGCACAGGAAUCAGCUGCUGGAUCUGAGUGCUCGCCAUGAGAGAGAACUUUCCUCCCAGUUACAGCAGCAACAGCAGCACACACUGACACUCACCCAGGACUACCAGACCAGGCUGGCCCACUCCAAGCAGCAGUCUGCUUUGUUGGAGGAGAGCAGGAGGAGGCUCGAAGGGCAGAGAGAGGAGCUUGUGAGCAGACUGCAGAGUUUACUACGCUCCCAUUGGACAGAAGCACUGAGACUGCUCAGCACACAGGCAGAAGGGUCUUCUCUUCCUUCGCUGUGGUACGAGCCCAAAGACUGGAUGAACCAACAUCCACUACAGGAACCAUCAUCUAGUUCACACAUUACAGUGCAGUACAGAGCUGCAGCUGACACGCACAUGGUGCAGAGAGAGCAGGAGGGGGAGAAAGUUGCUCGCUUGGCACAAGACGCUCAAGCAGUGGUCCUCCGACUCUCCAGAGAGAGAGGGGAAUUAAGUGGAGAGGGUGAAGCAAGAGCGAUAACAGAGGGAAGAGAGAGAAGAUGGGAGAGAGGGGCAGGUAGAGAAGAGAGUGGAAACCUCAGCGUGCUGAACCACACUCUCUCCUUCAACCUUCUGGAGCCACAACUAGACACCACCAACAUCACAGGACUUGAGGAGCUGUGUGACAGAGGGGGAGAUCUGAGGGGAUGUGUGGCGGAGGAAGAGGAGCAUAAGGGAGAAAGACAGAGAGCUGAGAGUGGAGAGAGGCAACAGUGGACGGAGAGGGGUCCCAGCCUCACCUCUGGCCCCAGCCCUAGCUUUGACCCCGGAAGGAGGAGUGAACUACAGUACUAUGUCUCCAUGUUGUUAGAUCGUUCUCCAGGAGAGCCCGUGGAGAGUCCAGCUCAGGACAACACAGGUCUGGGGUCAUCGUGGGACAGUGUGAAGUUUCAGCUUCAUGCCCCUCUGGACUCUACCUCCUCCCCUGGAGACCAAACCAGACACCCCACACGCAAUCCAACUAACACAGGUCAGGUGUCAGCCCAGCUCAGGUCUCUCCUGGCGCAGUUCCCCUCCCAGCCUGACAGGGUGUCGCACUCUCUGCAGUUGCUGGCUAUGCUGACCCAUGGGUCUGAUGGUGAGUGUGAGGAGAAGCCGAGCUGCCUGAAGAAGAGCGACCCACUCCUCCGGAACUCUGGAGUGUCCCGGGUAACUAGUCAGGGGUCCGGGGUGAGGGGUCAGAUGCUGGGUAUGAAGGGCAGAAGGGGAUGGCAGGGAAGGGGGGGAGCGUGGAGAUGAUGUUUUUGUUAAAAAGCUGUUUGACUUAUUAAAAUCUACUUUUUCUAUU